CAAUCCAGCAGCUGCACUCACCCACACGUCUCGCCUGACGCUGCGCGUAGACUUCCAUACAGAUGAAGGCUGGAAGUCACGCACUCCUUGACGUAGCGAGAGACCGGUUGCAGUGCCGCUCCGUCUCCGAAUCAGCGCAGCACGUAUUGCGCAGCGUGACUGAUGCUCAACUCCCCCCAUAUCCGCCAAUCCAGCCGGUAAAAUACCGUUAUCCUAUAAAGUGGGAAGAAAAACGACGAGAAGCUUCUCAUUUUAUUCUACACCGGAAUCAUACCGGCAAUCUGGUGCACGCACUGCUCUCUUCCCCCUCCCUCUCCCUAAACCGGACUCACCCUCCUCUACAUCAACAUCCCCACCGGAGAUGACUCGCGCACGGCGUCGAGAUGCAGUGCUGAUGUAGCGCUGUGCUGAUAAUCGCCGUUCUAGAACUCACCUGCUUGUAGCAGCAGGCAACCGUUUUUUUUCCCGAGCAGCAAAUUGCAGAGAAUAUAGUUGUGAUUUAAAUGGUAGCGCUUUUCAAAUGGCAGUUCAUUGAUUCUAUCUAAACAGACACAGAUAAAGACAUGACAACCGCUGGAACCGCUGAGGAACCAUGUCCCUGGUUAUCUUCUCAACCAUUCCGCAGCCAGGAGCAUCAGUGUGACCACUCAGUGAGGAGCCCAGAAGAUCAGCACUAACGUGACGGACAGGACCGAAUAUAGUCUACAUCAGUCUUGGGUCCCACCUACCUGAAACAGCCUAGUUCGUCCACUGUCAUCACUGACUGACUGUAGGCUAGGGCGUACUAUUCUGCUCUACUCUGUCUCUCUUUCCUGGCUCUAUUUUCUACAGAACCGCCAAGACAUCCAUUGGCUCACUAUACGAGCACAACACCGCUUUUUCAAGUGAAUUCGUCAGCCCUUGAUUUAUUUUGACAGUGUACUGAGGUGAAAACGCGCCUUUUUGCCUUCUGUGUUCAUAAAUUCAAGGCGUAACGCAUUCAGAACAUAAAUUAAUCAGCACCCGGAUUGGAGCGGCAGCGGUGUUCGGUGAUCUAUCUAUGCACGCGAGUUCCGCCUCGCCAACCUCCUUCCUCGCCCCGGAAAGGACUUCUCGCCUUUGAGAGCUGGAAAUGUUGAGAUUAACGUAAAGGAUGGACCUAAUAAUUUCUGUUUUGGGGCUCCUGACGCUGUCUCUGGAGAGCAUCCGUUGCCAAGGAGUGUACGCACCCCCUACGGUCCGCAUCGUGCACUCGGGCCACGCGUGUAACGUGGAGGAAGAACGUCACACAGAGAGAGUGUACACCAUCCGGGAGGGAGAGACCCUGGAACUCACCUGUCUAGUCACAGGACACCCACGGCCACAGAUCCGAUGGACCAAGACAGCAGGCAGCGUGUCGGACCGCUUCCAGGACUCCAGCGUGUUUAACGAGACGCUGCACAUCUCCAAGAUCCAGAGACACCAGGGAGGACGCUACUACUGCAAGGCCGAGAACGGCCUGGGCUCCCCGGCCAUCAAGUCCAUACGGGUCGACGUCUACUACCUGGAUGACCCUUUAGUGACGGUGCACCAGAGUGUAGGAGAGGCUAAAGAACAGUUCUAUUACGAGAGGACGGUGUUCCUGCGCUGCGUGGCCAACUCCAACCCCCCAGUCCGCUACAGCUGGCACCGCGGACGAGACGUCCUCUCACAGGGCUCCGACAAGGGAGUGGAGAUCUACGAACCAUUCUUCACACAGCUGCAGGGGGAGACGAAAAUCUUGAAGCUGAAGAACCUUCGUCCUCAGGACUACGCCAACUACAGCUGCAUCGCUUCUGUUAGGAACGUCUGUGGCAUUUCCGACCGAAACAUUGUCUUCAAACUCACCAACAAGACAGCGUCUCCCUCCAUUAAGCUACUGGUGGAGGAUCCCAUCGUGGUGAACCCUGGCCAGACGGUGUCCCUGGUGUGUAUCAGUACGGGUGGGGAGCCCAACCCCACGCUGAGCUGGGUCAGCAGCUCUGACAGCCUGCCUGAGAAGAGCGUGGUGAAGGGUGGAACACUCACCCUGCCAGCCAUCACUUCAGAUGAGGCUGGGGUCUACAGCUGUGUGGCCAGUAACAACGUGGGCAACCCAGCCAAGAAGUCUACCACAAUAGUGGUCAGAGCGCUGAAGAAGGGGCGUUUCUGGAUCACCCCUGACCCCUACCACAAUGACGACAACAUCCAAAUUGGCCGCGAGGUCAAGAUCUCCUGCCAGGUGGAGGCCACGCCCCCUGAGGAGCUGACAUUUGGUUGGCUGAAGAACGGGCGCGCCAUGCGUAGCUCUGAGCGAAUGGUGAUCACCCAGACGGACCCUGACAUUUCCCCAGGCACCACCAACCUGGAUAUCAUUGACCUGAAGUUCACUGACUUUGGCACCUACACCUGUGUGGCUGCGCUGAAGGGAGGGGGCAUACCUGAGAUCAGCAUAGACGUCAACAUCUCCUCCACUACUGUCCCUCCUCUGUUUUUCUCUUUCUUAGUUCCCCCCAACCUGACAGUGCCACGGGGUAAGAGCCCCCUGGUGGUUCGGGAGGGUGACACGGUGGAGCUCGAGUGUCUGGUUUCAGGGAAGCCCAAGCCCAUUAUCCUGUGGUCUCGGGUCGAUAAAGAGGUGCCCAUGCCGGAUGGGAGCCUGCAGGCUGAGAGCUACGACGGGGUGCUGCGGAUUGUCAACGUGUCCAGAGAGAUGACCGGCUCCUACCGCUGCCAGACCAGCCAGUUCAACGGGUUUAAUGUGAAGCCCAGGGAAGCUGUGGUGGAGCUCAUCGUACAAUACCCUCCGUCGGUGGAGCCUGUGUUGUUAGAGAUGCGUCAGGGUCUGGGCCGGCCGGUGGCAAUGAACUGCCGGGUCCUGCGUGCCCACCCCUCCCGGGUGCUGCGCUACGAGUGGCGGCUGGGGAACCGCCUGCUCCACGCUGGACAUUUCGACCAGAGCGACGAGACAGAGUACACCGUCAAAAGCCUCAACCGCGAGGGCUGGGGGGAGUACACCUGUGAUGUCAACAACGAGGCGGGCGCUGGGCGCUGCACCUUCCUGGUCACAGGGAAGGCGUAUCCCCCAGAGUUCUACUACGACACGUACAGUCCUCUGUGGCAGAACCGACCUACAGUCUACGGCUUCAAACUGCAGUGGACCCAGAUGAAUCCCAACGCCGUGGACCGCAUUGUGGCCUACCGCCUCGGCAUACGACAGACGGGGCUCCAGAGGUGGUGGGAGCAGGAGAUCCCCGUGGAUGGAACCAUCACCAAGGGAGAGCUGAACACACACAACCUGACAGAGCUCAUCAAGCCUGCGGCCUACGAGGUGCGCCUCACCCCCAUCACACGCUUCGGGGAGGGGGACUCCACCAUCAGGAUCAUCACCUACAGUGCUCCUGUCAACCCUCACCUGAGAGAGUUCCACUGCAGCUUCGAAGAGGAGCCCAUCUGCAUGUUCACGCAGGACAAGAACGACGACUUUGAUUGGACGAGACACAGUGCGGCCACCCGUGACACCAAGUACACGCCCAACACCGGGCCUAGCGACGACCGCAGCGGAUCCAAACAGGGUUUCUACAUGUACAUCGAGACGUCCCGGCCUCGGAAGGAGGGUGAGGUGGCGAGGCUGGUCAGUCCCUUCUUCAACGUGGUGCCCAAGAACCCGUAUGGCAUCGCCAACCCCCCAGCAUACUGCUUCAGUUUCUUCUUCCACAUGUACGGCAAACACAUUGGGACCCUAAACGCUUUCCUGAGACAGAAGGGUCAGACAGCGGCCGAGGGGCCGGCGUGGUCGCUGAGCGGUAACCAAGGCGACCGCUGGAAACAGGCCAAAGUCAGCAUCCACCCAACCGCCUCUUUCCAGGUGGUGCUGGAGGGUAUCCGAGGUCCGGGCAUCGAGGGGGACAUCGCAAUCGAUGACGUCACCCUUGAGGAGGGAGAGUGUCGAGAUCUACCCCCCAUUAAUCUCAGAUCCUCAGCCCCGCCCACGUCCACCCAUAUAUGGCCGCUGAGUGUCACCUUGGCGAUGACCUUCCUGUGGGGUCGAAGGUGACCCUGCCCUGCGUCGUAUGGCGGAGGCGAACGGUCCGACCCGGUCUCGGCACCGACCUCGACCCUGGCGUCUGUGUUCUUGUACCCUCAGCAUCCAAUCACCAAAGAUCCAAGUAUUUAGAAGGCGGCAGCGAGGUGUUCCAAACACAGACCACCACCGAGGGCCCAAAAAAUACCACAUAAAUAGUAAUAAAAGAAGAUUCACAAUUUUUUUUUUAAGAGACAACUUUUCCAGAAAAUUGCUCCCCAAUCGCAGGAUUGUGAGCACAUUUACGAGCGCAAAGCAAAGCCAGGUGUUGUGACGCCUGGACUUUAGUGGGAGUGUUCACUAUCGCAUUGGGGUAACUAUUUGUAAAGCACAAGGACAAUUUUGCCAGUCAAUUAGGAAACUUGAAUUGAAAGGUGUGGAGGAAUUGAGAAAUUGGUGAACAUUUUGAGGAACAAAAUAACUUUUCCUGGGCUUAACAAAACACAUGGAAUCAAAGAUUUUCUGUGUUUUAUCUUAUCCUCAUUGAGUUGCACCUGAUGCGCAUCAUGGACACUUUUCUCUCUGCCCAGUCACCCUCACCUGACCUCCACACCUUGACAUGUCUCUCUCUCGGCUUGGUGCUGUACUGUAGAAAACAGAAACUCAGACAAUGUUUAGUUAUCCAUCCCAGUUCUCUCUCCCCUCUUGCCCAGUAGCUGCCUAAGUAUUUCACAACACUGUGCUCACUAGUCCAAGGUAUCUGAGACCAGGAAUGCAUGCCCAAGGUAUGUGGAGCAGAGAGGAGGAGAUGGGUAGGUGAGAGAGUUGAAGAAAGGUGUGGCAGAGAGGUGGAGAGGGGGAGGAAGAGCUUUGGGGUUAGUACAGAUUAAGAAUAUAGGGUGGUGGAGGUCUGUAGCAGUCAGAUAGGGAUGGGUGCAGAUGGACAGACAGACUGAUGUCCAAGGCAAUGUGGAAGGCAGUGGCAUAGUGGAUGAGAGAAGUAGAGGAUAGAGACCAGUGUUGAAGGAGUGGAGAGGAGCAGUAGAGGAUGGAGACCAUAGGGGAAGGAGUGGAGAGGAGGAGUAGAGAAUGGAGACCAGAGGGGAAGGAGUGGAGAGGAGGAGUAGAGGAUGGAGACCAGAGGGGAAGGAGUGGAGGAUGUAGACCAUAGGGGAAGGAGUGGAGAGGAGGAGUAGAGUAUGGAGACCAGAGGAGACGGAGUGGAGAGGAGUAGAGGAUGGAGACCAAGGGGGAAGGAGUAGAGAGGAGGAGUAGAGGAUGGAGACCAGAGGGGAAGGAGUGGAGAGGAGGAGUAGAGAAUGGAGACCAGAGGGGAAGGAGUGAGAGGAGGAGUAGAGGAUAGAGACCAGAGGGGAAGGAGUGGAGGAUGUAGACCAUAGGGGAAGGAGUGGAGGAUGUAGACCAUAGGGGAAGGAGUGGAGAGGAGGAGUAGAGGAUGGAGACCAGAGGGGAAGGAGUGGAGGAUGUAGACCAUGGGGGAAGGAGUGGAGAGGAGGAGUAGAGUAUGGAGACCAGAGGAGACGGAGUGGAGAGGAGGAGUAGAGGAUGGAGACCAGAGGGGAAGGAGUGGAGAGGAGGAGUAGAGAAUGGAGACCAGAGGGGAAGGAGUGGAGAGGAGGAGUAGAGAAUGGAGACCAGAGGGGAAGGAGUGGAGAGGAGGAGUAGAGGAUAGAGACCAGAGGGGAAGGAGUGUUGAGGAGGAGUAGAGGAUAGAGACCAGAGGGGAAGGAGUGAGAGGAGGAGUAGAGGAUGGAGACCAGAGGGGAAGGAGUGAGAGGAGGAGUAGAGGAUAGAGACCAGAGGGGAAGGAGUAGAGGAGGAGUAGAGGAUGGAGACCAGAAGGGAAGGAGUGAGAGGAGGAGCAGUAGAGGAUGGAGACCGGAGGGGAAGGAGUGGAGGAGGAGUAGAGGAUGGAGACCAGAGGGGAAGGAGUGGAGAGGAGUAGAGAAUGGAGACCAGAGGGAAAGGAGUGAGAGGAGGAGUAGAGGAUGGAGACCAGAAGGGAAGGAGUGGAGAGGAGGAGUAGAGGAUAGAGACCAGAGGGGAAGGAGUGUUGAGGAGGAGUAGAGGAUGGAGACCAGAGGCGAAGGAGUGAGAGGAGGAGUAGAGGAUGGAGACCAGAAGGGAAGGAGUGGAGAGGAGGAGUAGAGGAUGGAGACCAGAGGGGAAGAAGUGGAGAGGAGGAGUAGAGGAUGGAGACCAGAGGGGAAGGAGUGAGAGGAGGAGUAGAGGAUAGAGACCAGAGGAGACGGAGUGGAGGAGGAGUAGAGGAUGGAGACCAGAAGGGAAGGAGUGGAGAGGAGGAGUAGAGGAUGGAGACCGGAGGGGAAGAAGUGGAGAGGAGGAGUAGAGGAUGGAGACCAGAGGGAAAGGAGUGAGAGGAGGAGUAGAGGAUGGAGACCAGAGGGAAAGGGUGGAGAGGAGAGGAGAGGAGGAGUAGAGGAUGGAGACCAGAGGGAAAGGGUGGAGAGGAGAGGAGGAGUAGAGGAUGGAGACCAGAGGGAACGGAGUGGAGAGGAGGAGUAUGGAGACCAGAGGGAAAGGAGUGGAGAGGAGGAGUAGAGGAUGGAGACCAGAGGGAAAGGGUGGAAGACAGAUGAGAAGAGAGGUUCUCUGGUCUUCACCAGCCAACAGGCCGACCCCUGCAGCUGAGGAACAGAAGCCACUUUCUGCCAUGAAACAAAGUGCCUUCCGAUUACAAACAGAACAGACCGAAUUGCGAACCGGAAUGGUAACAUCAAACACACCAAUGAUGGUGAUGAGGUUUCCUCUGCUGUCACUCAUGAUGGGCUAUUUUUGACAUGUUUCUUUUCACCCACAAAUGCUGGUGGGAGGCACACUUGCUCAGAGGGAUUCAGUUCAAGUCGUGUGUGUGCCUGCAUGUGUGAGUGUGUGUUUUAGGGAAAGGAUGGUGGAGGAAAGUCAGGCAGACCGGGGGGGGCAUAGGUCACAUGACUAUUGCAAGUGGUCACAAACCAGGCAGUUGUGGCUGUUUUUUUUAAAAGGAGUUAGUGAAAAUGCAGAGACUGGGUAAAAACAAUGGACUACAAAGGGAGGAGGAGACUGUGGAGCUUCUCAGAAAGACAGUCAGAGAUCACAUACUGUAAGAGGACAAAGACACUCGCUAUCGAUCGAUUGCUUCGCUCUUUCCGAAAGCGACUCCAUCCCAGCCGAACAGCCCUUUUUUAAGGAAAAGAACAGAACUAUUGUUAUAUAAACCAUUGUGUUGUACAGGGAGGGGGGUAGGACGUGGCGACUGCAGGCUCUACGUUAGACGGAAAUAAAGUAUGCUCGCCCUCCACACACCUCCAUCCUUUACAUCCAACAAUGUGUGAGAAAAAGAUGAAUAAUGAUGAUAAUAAUAAUAUUGAUAUUUUAUUACUCUAGCGAAAAUGUUUCUCUGCUUUUACACAAACUGUGAAGAUUGACUGUGGAAGAGCUACCUAAGACCCUCCAUUACCUUAACUAGCUGGUUUUUAAAAACAACAUAUUGUAAAAAAAAUAAUUUUAAAAAAGACGAAAAGAAAUUGAGAAAAAAAUCCGUACAUUGUUGGUUAUAAAAAAAAAAACAUUUAAGGACUUGUUGGUCUUGUUUCUUAUAUUUUUUCUGUUGGGAAAACUAUCUGACUUUUGACUUCCUUUUAUCUUCUUGUUGUCUCCCUUGCAUUGCUGAAGUAUCAAAAACCGACGAUGGAAACAUAAGCUAAACCUAUUUGGUAGUUGUAUAACUUGUACAUGUAAAGAAGCUCUAUUAUAAAGGUUUAUGAUCAAUGUUUUAUGUUGGAGAACUGGAAGCACAACAUAUAAGCUCUCAACAUAUAAAAUGCAGUAUAUAUGGCACAUAUACCGUAUGUGACCUGCUCAGACGAAGUCAGGCUUGUAGACCCCCGGGAAACACAUUACACAAUCAUCGAUUACGUUGACAUUCACACAGUGUUACCCACCCAAAGAACACGAAUGCAAAGAAACGAUGUGGAAAAACGACCAGUCCCAGACGUUGUAGAACGAGUCUUACGAGACAAUAAAGAACAAAGAAUUUGGUUGGUAUAGAGUUGGCAUUUGGUUGGUAUUGCGACUUUUUAUGGCGCAGAAAACGUGUUGUGAUGAGAAGACGCAGUACUGGAAGUAUAAGCCUGGUUUGGUCCGAGCGGGUUGUGUACAGGUACGGGCAUAUGCAGUGUACAAUAGGUGUGAUGAGAAACAGAUACAUGUAAAGAAAAAAUACCAUACAUAACUAAACAGAGCAGAAUGAUAGGCAGCCAUUGUAGAGCAUUAGUAACCUCAUCUCAUAUUGUGUAUGUUUUACUAGGACAUUAUAACAUUCACCCGUACUGUCAAUGCUGUAGAGUCUGGUUGUGUUCAUGGGAAGAGGGAACUAUUUCCUUUUUUUUUGUGCCCAGAUCAUAUUGAAUGUAUAUGAAAAAUGAGGGUGCCAUAAUAAAUCUUUGUUUGGACGCCUACCUACACCCUUUAUAAAAUACACGUUCACAGAUAUGCUACAGUUAUUCAUCUCCAGAAAAUGAUCCGUAGCGUUUUGCCACGCCCCAUGUUGUCGACCUCCGAAACUUUUAUGGCUUUCAUUGAGGAACCAACUUGUUCAUUGAUUUCCUCUGACCUGGACACAGUCACUGUACUUGGCAAUCUAACCACAUACUGUAUUGUACUCAAACAACUAAUGACAUGUUUUAAAUUCAAUAACAAGUCCCAAGUAUAUGUUGGUUUAAUAUCCAUGUGCAUUAUUUUCAUUUUGUGGGAUAGGCUGGAAUAAGAAGUGUACUAAAGUGACCCUACGUUUCGCUCUACUUCCCGAGUAAGGAACUGUGUUAUGUUGAGCUCUGACAACUUUUUGUUCUUGGGAUCCAUGUAGGCACUUUAUUGUCCAUCAUAACAGAAGGGCUUUGUCACGUUGUGCCAUUCUUCACCAGGUGUUUAAUAUUAUUACAUCCCAAUAAUAUAACAUUUCACAGGAAGUGGCAACCCUUACCUGCAUCGCUUCCUGUCACAAUCGGUUUAUGACCUUGGGGUGUCUCUGAAGUUGCUUCCUCCUCUUGUCUUCUCUCCUUAAACUGCUCUAAAAACACCCUAGGCUAAGUGGAAGCAACCUGAUGGAUAUUUGGGAAUUGGAAUUUUGAACGUGUCACUAUGUUUUCCUUUCAGUGAAGAAUGACCAAAGGAGACGAGGAGAGGAAGCCAUUGAGUUGCUACAGAAGAGUACUGAAGAGAUCAAAUUCUGUAUUGUAAGUGAUGUUUCUGAGAGCUGUGUAACGAUUAUGUUUCCUAUCUUGUACUGUGCCAACUCCUUGUAAUAAUAACAACCUGUCAUUCUUCUCUGUUCUGCGCUUUAUUUAUAUAUAUAAUUAGGCUUCUUUUUCACUGUAUUUCUUUGGAUCUAUCACCAAUUUUUUUUGUGCCAUACCUGCAACUAAUGCUAAAAUAAAUAAAAAAUAUAUUUUA